CUGGGAAUACGGCAGAAUCAACAAAAGUUGGAACACAAAGCCUGCGAAUAUUUGCGAUUUUUCUGUCCAUACAACGGAACUAGAUGCAUAGAACGCAUGGCUUCCUCGCUGGGUCGACCUCUCGUUUGCUUUUAUUGUAACCGAAAGUCAACGCGCAGGCAGGAUGGUAGCGUUCGCCAGUGGGAGUGCGCCAACUGCGAAGCUGUAAACUACUUGGACGAGAAUGGAGAUAUUACGGAUCCUCCGGUAGCGACUUUCGAAGAAGCCUCGCCGGGCAGGUCAUUUGCGAAGGCCAUUCCUCCUCCAACAUGGUCGACGGCGUCGGCUGACGAUUCGGUAUUUUGCCAAACAUGCAUCAAAAAUCAACAUCUCUAUCGUUCCUCAUUAGCGCAAUACCUCCCAGAAGAUCCAGAUCAUCCCGAUUACGAUAGAUUGUCUCGGAAUAUCGAACGUUUCGAACAGCAACUAGAAGAGCGGUAUCCCCAGGUCUGCGAAAACUGUGUAGAUAAGGUCCAGGAUCGCAUGAAGCGCGCUGUCUACAGCGCCAAGGUCGAUGCGCAUGGAAGACAAUUGGAGAGGACCCGAAGGAAUGGCGGCCCUGGACGAAAGGCCAAGCGCACUUGGUUAGAAAGAAUACAAUCCGGGGGGAAGGUAGCUUGGGCAUCAGGAAUCUACUUGCAGCUUGCUUGUGAGGUUCUGGCCCUCGUGGGGGGCUUUCAGCCCGCUGUGGUGGACUCCUUUGAGGAGGAUUCUAUCAUGGGAGAUUCGAUCCUCGACGGAAUGGGCCCCUCUCGCCCGUUUCUCUAUCGCUUGGUCAACCCCGUGUUAUCAGCUGUGUCGCAUCUUCCAGAUGUUGUAGCACCGCGUCUUCCCGAUUUAGCUGCGGCAAGCUUGCUGCUCUCCCUGGCUUCCCUAUGGUGGAAUCCGGAGUUUCGAUAUACGAUUAAGAAUGGGCUUCAUAAGGUUCAUGGCCUGGAAUCCUGGUAUUCCCACCAAAUUGUGCUGCUAUUAACACGUGGACUCCUUUGGUACAUCAAUGGUAAAUCGAUUCUCGCCGAUGCUAAAUCGUCGAUAAAUAUGGCUGCGCAUACGUUUAUGUUUGCCUUCACAGCUUGGAUUUCUAUGACGACAACCAAGAAGGUCACCGCCAGGUCGAAACCCCUAUUUUCAUCAACGCCUGACCGCGAAGCUCUUAUUGCUAAACGGAAAUCAACAGCAUCACCUACCCAUGCUCCCAAUAGCUUAUACGAAGCUCUAAAUAGCAUUUCUCAAGAGCCCGUCGUAGCUUCCUCGCCGGUAUCGUCCCAAGGAACGCCGAGGACAAAUUUUGCGCAAUCGAAGCCUUGGGAUUCCCCUGGUUCUAUUUCUAAUAUAUCAUAUCGCAAUCGGGAAACUCCAUCAAAAUCAACCUCGGCGCUGAGCAUCACGGGCUCGCCAUCACCAUUUUCACCAACUAAUAGGGGAGCUCUGGGCAAGUACCAAUCUAAUACUGGACAAUCAACAUCCAUGGAGGCUGCCAACGCUCCAGAUCCAGAUGAAAUGGAAUGGAUGCCCAGCCAAUCCGUCCACCGCGCCUUCAACAGCGGCCUAUCCGCCCAAAGAGACGGUCAACACUUCAACCAAGCGCCAUCUGGCCCAGAAUCCUCACCCUUCUGGUUCAAAGUCCCCCCAGCCCCAAUCACACCAGCACGAAAACUUAGAAAUCCGCCAAACCAGCCUCUACUAUCAGCCCCUUCAGAGGAGGUGAAGCAGAACUUCUUCAAUAAAAUGACGUCUAAUAUGCUGCCAGGUCAGGGUUCCCAGGCGCCUAGAGAGUCCAGUCGUCAGGACGCUGUUUUUGCGCAGCCGAAGUUCUUUCCACCUGAUUCUCUUGAGGAUACGACAGGGUUGGCGGAUGCGUUUGGAGCGGCGUUCUCGUUUGAUGAGCGAGAAGCAGCGGAGAAUGAGCGGGCUGCGAGGGAGAAAGCGCAGUCACAGGAUAGUUCACCAGUAUCGGUGUUAUCUGGGAACCUCACCGCUGUGGCUCUCGGUGUAUUGCUGUGGUUCUGGAACCUCUCAUUCCAUAGGCCAACAGAGUACUCAAGGUCGAUGACUCAGGCGGCGAUGACGGGGUGUAUACUCAUUGGGCUCCGCUCACUUAUGGAUCAUACUACAGUUGCGAUAUCCAAGACGGCCUCGAAGUGGAGCGUCGCAUUUGCUAUUCUUGCUGCUGUUGAGUCUGCGGCUGCGGUGUACAUAUUGGUGGCUUCGAAUGCAGUGGCUCCAGAGGCGAUUGGGCCUGUUCGCACAUACGGUUCGGUCUUGUUUGGGGUUAUGAUAAUUCGCCAGCUGCUUCAGAGGUAUGGGAAUGUCCAGUUGAGACAGGGUAACAGGGCAUAGAUGGUACACAGUACAGUACAGCGGCAUUGUGGGAAGCAUUGGGCGUGGUGUUCGGAUUUGUUUUUUAGAGAUGCAUAUAUAUAUAUACCAACCACAAUAUGAAAUAAUACAAAACAUAGAG